AUCCUGACUCAGUGGGAUUACUAAAUGUCCAAUCCAAUCAUUACCUCCAAAUGGUCCAUCAUCUGGAAAACAUGCAAUAUGGAAAUACCCAGAUCACUUAUCUACCUAAAAAUCCUGUGUGUCUCACACAGCCUUCAAGUAAUCAAGGCUCAGGGGAAGGGAGAGGGAUUUGUAAACCCUGGAGCAAGCUUCUGCCUACUGGAGACCGCUGCUAUGUAGAGACCCUGGGUGAAGCCACCAUCACCAUGUCUGACCAGGAAGCAAAACCUUCAGCUGAGGACUUGGGGGAUGAGAAGGAAGGAGAACACAUGAAACUCCAAGUCAUUGGACAGGAGAUCAGUGAGAUCCACUUCAAAGUGAAAAUGACAACACAUCUCAAGAGACUCAAAGAAGCAUACUGUCAAACACAGGGAGUGCCAGUAAAUUCAGUCAGAUUUCUCUUUGCAGGUCAGAGAAUUGCUGGGAAUCACACUCCAAAAGAACUGGGAAUGAAGGAAGAUGUGAUUGAAGUUCAUCAGGAACAAACAAGGGGACAUUCAAUGAUUUAGAUAUUCUUUUUUUUUCUUUACUCUCAAUCCUUUUUUAUUUUUAAAAAUGUUUUUUUAUAAUGUAGGUGUUCAACACAGACUGGAAAACGGGCACCCCAUCUCUUUAAAACAUCUGAUGAUUUGAAUUCUCAUGUCCAUGAUUCAUUUCCACUUGUUUUCGUUGUGCUGAUUUUUGGUGAUCAAACUUCAGCCCCCUUCGUAUUGCACUCUCCUUUUUAAAAAUUA